AUGAUACGUCGACAAACAGCAAUUAAUGUUUUCCUUCUCUUCGUGGUCAUACUUAAUUUUAUAACGGAAAGCCAGUCCGUUUGGAGCAGUCGUAGACGCAGGCGGAGACGCCGCAGUUGUUCUCCAGUGAACUGUCAGAUGAGCCAUUGGUCUUCUUGGUCGCCUUGCAGCGCUUGGCAGUGUGCAACCUCUGGUAACCAACAAAGGACAAGGCACGUGAUUACCCAUCCUAGCUGCGGUGGGGCAGACUGCCCCUCCAACAUGCAAGAAAAUAGAGUAUGUUACGGCAAUACGCCAAUUAACUGCCAGGUCAUUUCUUGGUCCUCUUGGUCGGUGUGCAGCACAGUGCAGUGCGGGAAAUCAGGCUUUGAACAGCGAUCGCGGUAUAUAAUUAGGCAUUCUAAUUGUGGAGGAACAGCUUGCCCCUCCGCGUUGCAAGAAACUAGGAUCUGUUAUGGAACUAAAGCGUCUGCAUGUGUCUAUUCCACAUGGUCGACAUGGAGCUCGUGUCCAGCAUUCCAGUGUGGAGAUACUCAAACAAGCAGUAGACAGAUUCAUGAAAGAGAGCAAUGUGGGGGAACACCAUGUAAUAUCACGGCCUUAAGGAAAACUCGAGCUUGUAAACAAACAUUUUGCGUCAACCAGGGAAAGUUAUCAGACGGGAAAUGUUACUGCAAGUCGGGUUUUCAUGGUAGCUGCUGUCAGUAUAGUAGUAAGUAUACUUGCAUAAUUUAUCCUAUUUUAAAAGGCAUUUUCAGUUUUCGAAUUUCUUCGGUGAGGUGCGUUAUAAUCCGAAACACUCCGGUACUCACUUUUAAAAUCGAAUGGCUGUUUUGAAGCAUUUAGCAUCUCGAAUAUCUUGGAUCUUCAAAGCAAUUAGUAGUUUUAGUUCUGCAUCAUUCAAAGGCAACACUAAAAUAUAUAGUACUAUGUAUAGAAAACUUCGAAAUGACGUGAUCUCUUUUCUUUAAUCCACGGCGGAACUGGGAGGGAAAAAUAAAGACAAGACAAAGCAACUUCAAUCUUAUCAUUUUUCUAACAUGAAGUGAUUCUAUUAUGGGGUAUAUUACGAUUGCAGGAUCAGUAAACAAACGUUGUUGAAUAAAAUACCAUGACCAAAUUAGGGAUAAAACGCCAUCUAGUUCCCCCAGCCCCUCGUGGUCUAAUCCCACCCAUCCAUUGGGAUAACGUAAAAGCGCCAUUCGAAUUACCUUACAUUAAUCACUUUAAUCCUAACUCUUUGCGAGUACAAAUAUACGAAAACUUUGACCGACAGCCGUAUAGUAAGUUGACAGGAAUAUUAUUUUAAGGAUGUGUAAAAUGCCUGCUUUGUAAAACCGCACUUUACCAAUGUUUUUUUUUUUUUAAAUUAACAUUUAACUCAUUGCCAUUCCGCCGACCUUUGUGUUUCCAUAUACAUUACUUGGUGGCUUCUAAGUUCUGUCAAAGUCGUUGGGUUUCUUUAUCGUGUCUUUUUUCUUUGAAUUUUUUUGGUUUAAAUGGAUAAAAAAGGAAUUCAAUUCUCGUUCUUGAAUGGCCUUGCUGUACCUGACCUUUCCUUUCUUCACUGAUUUAUUUUCAUUUCAUUAUCAAGGUUCAUAAAAAGGGGAAAUCAAAAUAAAAAGAGAAAACAAUAAUUAACCAAUUUGCUCAUACCGCGCUAGCACGCUAGUUGAUGAUAGCACACUCAUCCCAGCAGUCAAUUUAAAUUUAAUCUUAUGAAGACUAUGUACCACUUGAACUACACACUGUAUAUGACACAAAGUUUGAGUUGCGUAUAUAUAGCAUUCCCAGACACGUAUUGAUUUUUAACCUGUUUUAUUAUAGAACUGCGGGUUGGAGACAUUUAGUUUCCCGCAUCAGGUCACCACGAAAAUAUUUUUGAUCCAGAAAAAUCCCAAACCCUGUCAACCCUAGUUUGCUGACCCGGCGCGGAGUUGGGAGGGAGUAAAAAAGUUUUGAAAUGUCAAAGACCGUCGCAACCUAUCCUUUGCCGUGUGUUUUUUCUUUAAUCUUUCGGGAAAAAAUUGAACAGAAAAUAACCCCCUUGGUAAUAAUUCAGUUUCGUUCAUGCUUUCUGAGAAUAAAAUAGAUUUGAGUACGCUAUGUACAUUACAUAGAAUGUACGAGUUGUGACUUUCUUUUCAAGUUAUUACCACCACCUAAUCAGUAAUUGGCUCAACUAGCUCAAUGUAUGUUAAGCUAGUGAUAAAUCUCAGAAUGGCUCGUUACCGUGACGUGACUAAUAUCACGGAAAGAUACAUGUCCAUGCACAUCGAUGUCCGACUGGGAAGUUUUGUUUGUACCCCACAUUGAAGUCACGUUUUACGAACGUAUGAUUGACGUAACAAUUGCUGCUGAUUGGCAGCAAGCAAUGCCAAACGCUCAGUGUGGUCUGAAAAGCACAAACUCUUUUGCGCUUUACAAUAAUAGUAUCAUUGACCUCUAGCUAAAUAGCUAAAGAAUUUCGAUGUAACCGCUCUCAGGUCCGUUGUCUCGAAAGCCACUCAAUCAUGUAAAUUAGCUCUGACACAGAUACCAGACAGUAGAAUCUUGACCUUUCCGUGAUGUCUUUCAUGUUCGGCAAUUGGCUAGUUUUUUAUAAUUGCAAGGACAAAUUACCAUUUUUUUUUCUGAAUUUACACCUUACGUUCUUUUUUCUCUUUAUUUGAACUGUUUUAGUUUUGAUUAAUGCUUUCAUUUAAGCCCAAUGUAACUGAUAACGGCAGCAAAGAACAAAUUUCCUCUAGCGUCAAUCCGGCGGUGUCAAUCAAUAAAUUAUGCUUUGACAGUGUCAAGUAACAAUGCAUUUUACACAAUCCGUUUACAUCUAUUCUAAAAAGAUGACUAUCUAUUUCGCUCUUCUCGAUCUCCGAGGUGCAAUUCUCUUUCUGGCUCUCGUACGUAUCUCAUCUAGUCAAACCAUCCCGCCAUGCAACAACAAUGACUGCUGUCAAAAGGCAAAACAUCAAGAACUUGACAAUUCUCGUCGCAGUACGCAGAGCCACUUCAAGCUUGGCCAAGUUCCGCUGUGCGACAAAGAUCUGAAAGCGGGAUGGUACCGAUUUAUCAGCUUUGUCGGUGGCGAAAUGCCUACCACAAAAGUGGACGAAAAUCGUUGUGGAACCCUGCAUCCAAUUUGGCUAAGAACCCGGACUGGCAUGCAUCCCCUUCCCUCUAACACGGCUGCUCCGGUGACAGUCACGGCAUGCGUCAACAUCAAUGAAAGAAAUGGCGGUUGCUUCUAUUCGUUCAACGUAGGCGUCAAAUUUUGCCCAGGCAACUAUUUCGUCUACUAUCUCACACCGAUGCGUUCAUGUAGCAUUGCUUAUUGCGCUGGU